UGAAAUGAAAACGGAAUGGACACGGAAAGAAAACACGUUGGUGUGCAUGUGCCCUAACCACUUAUUACACGCUUAUCAACCUACCUAAUGAGGUGAUAUACAUUUCCUUGCUGGAUGCCCCCCUUUUCCUUGCUGUACACAGAUUUUACGGAUUUAGUGUUGAUUUGGGGUUUUUAUGGAAAUGGACCUUAAUUUUUAAACGCUCCACACCUAAAGCGCAAACUCUUCAGCCAAGGGCUCCCUCCUCCUAUGGGCUGCAUAUUAGCAUCUAGGCACGGGCAUUAUUAAUCUGGCUAAUGAUUCGUUAUGCACAGAAAGCAGCAGAACGGUAUACACAACACAUGCUAUAUACAUGACAAAACACAUUCCGAAAAUGGAUCACACCCGAGGACUGAAACUUUAUGUGUUGGCUCCUUGUUAUUGUUCUGCUGGACACAGGCUUUUCUAUAGAAGUUGAGGUGUUUACCAGCAGUGGGUUCCCUCUUGUGCUGGGGGGCCAUUUACAUGAGAAAGCCGGAGGUGGGGUGACCGGCACUUAUCAAGGCUCCUCCAAGGUCCAGUGUCACAUCAGAUCUAGCUUUACAGACUGUGAGGACAACAGUGGGAGUAUGACCUUCACUCUCCAUCCAUGGGACUCCAUCUACAUGCCGGCGCCACCCGACUUCUCUAACAUGGAACGAAUAUCGCCGAUAGAUUCCAACAAGAACAGGAGUCCAGGGGAGGAGAAGAGCCUGCUACGUGAGCCAGACUCCAGAGCCGAUCCCAAGAAAAAGGAGAAGCCCCCUGGGAAGAAGAAAAAUUACCAGCGAUACGCCAAGCCGCCAUAUUCAUACCUGGCCAUGAUCGCGCUGGUCAUACAAAACGCCCCGGACAAGAGGCUCAAGCUCUCCCAGAUUUUACAAGAGAUCAGCACCUUAUUCCCCUUCUUUAAGGGCAAUUACCAAGGGUGGAAAGACUCCGUCAGACACAACCUGUCGUCUAACGACUGCUUCAGGAAGGUUCUAAAAGAUCCACACAAACCUCAGGCUAAAGGAAACUAUUGGAUGGUAGAUGUAAGCCGGAUACCCCCGGAUGCCAUGAAGCUGCAGAACACAGCCGUGACCCGGCAGGAUAUCUACCCCCAUGACCUGGCCCCCUACAUCAUCCAUGGACAUUCCUACAGGCCUGCAGACUUCUGUCGUCCUCAUCUCCCUAAAGAUGCUGAAACUAUCAGAGCAGAACCUGAGGCCACUGCUCCGGCCAACUCUUCAAUUCCGGACCCGGCAGUGUCCUUCCCAAUGAUCCUAUGGAACCUUCCUACAUCUUACUCCAAGUGUGUUGCCCCUAAUGUUGUGGCCCCCCCCAGCAUACACCCGCUUCUGCUUUACUCCAACUUCCCAUCGAUAUCCCUGUAUAACUACGCGACACCUCCUUACACUGGUCCCUCUUACCAAGACAGAAGGGAGGCCUUCUCCUCCAGCCUACAACCUCAAUUAUCCCUCCCCCCGCGGCCUAUGGAAAUAAAGAAUGCUUCGGGUGAUUUCCCUCCCAACAAAACAGUGUUUGACAUCCCAGUAUACGCCACGCACACUGGGUACAUGCCCCAGAGUCUAUACAGGGAGCACCUGGCACACAGCGCAGGCCUCCCCGGGUACAUGCAUAUGGGCUACUGAAUGUAUAGAUGAGCAGACAAAGCUACUUUUGAGCCAAGUGUUAACACUUUAGUCCCGGGUCUUUACCGACUCUUAGACUAUGCAGGUCACAGUCACACAAACUAUCGUAUAACACUGGUCCAAAGGG